AUGGACGUGAACUUCGUAGCUGUGUCUCCGGGAGUGCAUGUACUGCCUGACGGUCGGGUAGUCGAGGCUGGCCGUGUCCAGACGCUGCAGCGGCAAGCCGCGGACUGCAGACCCUUGGACUUUCCUCACCGGGCGUGGGAGUGGGUCUCCUUCUUACAUCCAUUUCAAGUGCCUCCGACGUGUCUUGUCAUGAUGCAAACGCUGAACAACGCGGUGACGCAUGUCCCGAUGAAGCCCUGGCUGGUUGCAGCCAUAGGGGGGGUAAAUUUGACGGGAAUGGAGGUGGCCCUGGAUUCAACGAAGAACACGGAAGACGGCAGUGUGAACUCGCCAGAGGAGGUCGGUUACAUUGCUUUCGAUUCCCAACCAUACACAAACUCUGCCGAGAUCUUGGCCGAUUCCCCACCGUCACCGAUCCCGUACGUGGUCAUGACCACUGGGAUCCUUCCUUAUUUGGGAUGGGGCGACGGCGCUAGGUCAGAACAAUACGUGAGCUUCACAAGAACUUUUUCAAACGCCAGUUCCGUGGUGGUAGUCGCCGGCCAGGGCAGCCGCAACGCACCUGAUGGGGCCUGGCUUCGCCACUUUGCGACAAAUGCCGCAGACGCCAGGAUCUUCGCAGAUGAGAAUGACGCAGAGGUCAAUGCCGUCAGUGCGGGCCCUGUGCAAUUUGUUACUGGGUCAUGGAUGGCGACUUCUGCCGACAGCGACGGCAAAGUUCACUUUUUUAAUCUCUCCGGAGGGGUUGAUGCGACGAGCGUGGCCUUCCCUUCCCUCAACAUGUUUAAAGAAGACGCCGAAUUGGAGUUCGAGCUCGUGUGCAGCGAUGCCGGCAACCAGCUUCGAUCAAUAAGGGUGGGCAACUCCGCUUUGGACUCGGCAUGGACAGUGUCGGGCCUCGACGUGCAUUGCAACCCAGUGAGCGACCAGUGGCAGAAUGUCACAGUGCCUCUUUGGAACGGAGACGUAUCCUUUGUGGGCGAUAUUCCUUGGAGUGACUUUUCGAAGCUGGAGCUCUUAGCGCAGUCGCCUGGACCUGUGUCGUUUCAGAUCGCGAACAUCGCGAUCCGAAUUGUCCGACCUGCAUGCACGUCUGAGAGGGCCAAAUCUGAUACGGCAGAGACGAUCUGCCUGGUGGCUUUUGCUGACAGCUUCACUGUCGAGAUUGUAGGGACGACAACGACAACAACAACAACCACUUCCAUAUCAUCAACCUCAAGCACCCGCACGCAAACGACAAAGACGAGCACGAGCACAAGUACAGCCAGCAGCACCAGCUCGAGUUCUAGUCAUAGUCGUAGCACCACGACUACGAGAAGCAGCAGCAGUACCAGUGCCAGCACUAGAACGACCUCAUCAAGCUCCAGCACCGUCUCAAGCUCAAGCAGCGCAACAACAACAGGAAGCAGGAGCAGCACAAGUACGACCAGCAGCAGCUUGAGCACAACCAGCACAAGUUCCCGGACAGACUCCUCGUACUCGAGCACGAGCUCCAGCACACGCUCCCACACAAGUUCGUGCACAAGCUCCGGCACAAGCUCCACCACAACUCCCAGCACGAGCUCCAGCACAAGUUCCGGCACAAGCUUCACCACAACUUCGAGCACGAGCUCCAGCACAACUUCCGGCACAAGCUCCACCGCAACUUCCAGCACGAGCUCUCGCCCCAGUUCCAGCAUAAGCAGCACGACCGGAAGCAGCUCGAGUACCAGCAUUUCCUCAAGUAGUUCGCCGACGAGCACCACGAGCACUCUCACUGCGAACAGCCGCGAUGUGUCGAAUUCCUUGCAGCGCUACACCAACCUCUUGCUAAGUCAGCUUCCCGAGGAUGGCAACGCCACGGUGGUCGUCACCGAGUUGGGUACGAUGGCAGCCAUGAGGCCACUUGUGGGCAACGGAAGCUUCGUCGCAAUCCUGGAAGGAAGCCCUGCUGCCACUGUGCUUCCGUUGAAGGUGCUUGGAGAAGAGGACGACUAUGCGCUGGUGAUGACGACUUUUGAUGGAGCAGUCGGCAACGAAAGCCUGGGUUCCGGGCUGAAGGUGCGAACGGACAGAGGACGGCCUCUGUCCUCAGCCGUGCCGGCAGUUGACAUCUCGCUUGUAAACAUUCGCACUUUGAGUGCGAAGGAGGUGAAGGUCGCGGACGUCAUCUCGCCCAUCUACGUGCGGCUGACUGACGAAACGCCAGACCCCAAGUGGCUCUGUGCGUAUUUGGACGGUGAGACUUGGUCCACGGAGGGGGUCCGCUUGGCGACGGCUGCAGAGCUGGCAGAAGCCUUCCCGAACGGAGCGAACACUUCGGGCACCUGGUGCGCCACACUCCACUUGACGGUCUUCACAGCCUUUGUGGACCUGCUGCUGGACUGCACGAGCCCUUGGCAGCAAUCCAACAGCCAGUUUCGUUUGAUCAGAGAAACAGGUUUUCUUGGGGCUUGCGUUGCUAAGUUCUUCCGUUGA